AUGGCAUCAUUACCAAAAAGAAUUAUUAAAGAAACUGAAAGAUUAGUAACGGAUCCUGUUCCAGGGAUUACAGCAGAACCACACGAUGAUAAUUUACGUUAUUUCAAAGUUACUAUUGAGGGACCUGCAGGAUCCCCAUAUGAAAAUGGUUUAUUUAACUUAGAAUUAUAUUUACCUGAUGAUUAUCCAAUGGAGGCACCAAAAGUACGUUUUUUAACUAAAAUAUAUCAUCCAAAUAUUGAUAGAUUAGGACGUAUAUGUUUAGAUAUAUUGAAGACAAAUUGGUCUCCUGCUUUACAAAUUAGAACAGUAUUGUUAUCUGUACAGGCACUAUUAGCUUCGCCAAAUCCUAAUGAUCCGUUGGCUAAUGAUGUUGCUGAAGAUUGGAUUAAAAAUGAACAAGGCGCAAAGGCAAAAGCAAAAGAAUGGACUGCCCUAUACGCAAAGAAAUGA